UACAGCUGCCGAUCCCACGCCCUAUGGGAUCCUCCCAAUUGGUCGUAUGCCAGUGACAUCGUGUGGAUCAUUGUAGCAGAGACCUACUACCCCAAACCCUCCAUCUCUCUGCGCCCCAGCAUGGGGGUCGCCCUGGGGGGAGCCGUGACCAUCCAGUGUUGGAGUUGGUACCAGAACAUGAGAUUCCUUCUGUACAAAGAUGGAAACCCGAACGUGCUGCAGGACGUGGAGCCGGCUGGGGAUGUGACUCAGUUUCCCAUCCACAAUGUGAGCCGGAGGGACGCAGGGAUCUACAGCUGCUAUUAUCGCUCCAAAUCAGACCCGCUCAUCUGGUCGUACCCCAGCGACCCCGUGGAGCUGGUGGUAGCAGAGCUCCCUGCUCCCGGACCCUCCAUCUCCGUCAGACCCAGCGGGAUGAUCGCCCUGGGGGGAGCCGUCACCAUCCGCUGCCAGUGUCAGUGCGAGGCCAGGAGGCUAUUUCUGUACAAAGAUGGAAUCGAAAUCCGGGAGCUGAAUGAUGUUGGGGACAGGGGUGAAUUCACCAUCCCCAUAGCCAGACGGGAAGACUCAGGGGUCUACAGCUGCCGAUCUCGCUCCAGAUCGGAGCCACCCAACUGGUCAGAUCCCAGUGAUUACAUGCAGAUUGUUGUAGCAGAGCUCAGAUACCCCAAACCCUCCAUCUCCCUGCGCCCCAGCGCGGGAGUCACCCUGGGGGGAGCUGUGACCGUCCAGUGUCGGGGUCGGCACCAGAACAUGAGGUUCCUUCUGCACAAAUUUGGAAACCCGAACGUGUUGCAGGACGUGGUCCUGGCUGGGAAUGUGGCUGAGUUUCUCAUUCGCAACGUGAGCCGGAGAGAUGCAGGGAGCUACCGCUGCUAUUAUCGCUCCAAAUCUGACCCGCCCGUCUGGUCGGAGCCCAGCGACCCCGUGGAGCUCGUGAUAGCCGAGGGAACCAACUCAGAUGGGCCCCAGGAGCCGCAUCCACCCCCGACGGAGCCGGCAGGAGAAGCAGCCCCCCCCAGGCACCUGGAUGUCACCCACGCCAACAUCACCCGCCUGGUGCUGAGCGCCAUGGUCCUGCUCGUCCUGGGGCUGAUCCUGGCCGAGGCCUAUUACAGCCUGUCAUGAACAGAUAGUAAGAGUUAAUAGAACAGGAGUACUUCAUAUCUCUUUUGCCUGGAAAGGGUUAACAAGAUCAGUGAGCCUGGCUGUCACCUGACCAGAAGACCAGUCAGGGGACAGGAGACUUUCAAAUCUUAAGGGAGGGAAGUUUGUGUGUGUGUGUGUGUGUGGUGUUAGUGUUUGGUUGUUGUUCACUCUGGGGGCUCAGAGGGACCAGACAUGCAACCAGGUUUCUCUCCAAUCUCCCUGAUACAGGUUCUUAUAGAUUCAAAAUAGUGAGUACUAGGUGAUAAGGCGAGUUAGGCUUAUGUUUGUUUUCUUUAUUUGCAAAUGUGUAUUUGGCUGGAAGGAGUUCAAAUCUGUAUUUGGCUGGAAGGAUUUUACUUUGUACUUGUAUACUUAGGCUGGGAGGGUAUUCCCAGUGUCUAUAGCUGAAAGACCCUGUAACAUAUUCCAUCUUAAAUUUACAAAGAUAAUUUUUUACUGUUUUUUCUUUCUUUAAUUAAAAGCUUUUCUUGUUUAAGAA